AUGUGUUGCUAUGGGCUCUUAUGUCUUGUGGCAGUAAAAGGGCCCCAACGACCUACCCUCGAUGAGUCUGAGCUAUCACACCUGCUGUCAAAGAAGAGAAACUACGUGCACACUGUCGCCCUGAUCGGCUGCUCUCUCGCCUCUGUCGUUGCCUGCGUCAUCAUCCUACUCCUCAUCCCUGUCCAUGGCAACAGCCCCGAGGUGCACGUGUGGUCAGAGAACGUGUGCACUACGCGUGCCUGCGACCGACAGGCGCGCUUCCUCCACGAGACCAUGCAGCCAUCGGCGGACACCUGCCGCGAGUUCAGCAUCCUCAUGUGCGGCCGUUGGACACACGAUCACGCCGUCGCCACCGAUGUGGACGCCCUGCUGAGGGAAAGCGCACUCCAACAAGACGCCAGGUUCCUGCGAAAUCACACGGGCAGGUUCGACGCAACUCGGGAAGCACGCCGCAUGUUGCACUCUUGUCUAGAGCAGCAGUCCGAUCAAAAAGCGCACCGGGCUGCUCUUCGCACUUUCCGCGAUUUUCUCCGCGAUCGUGGCCUGCCCUGGCCCAACAAACCGACCGGAGAGCGGCACCCUUUCGACGUGCUUCUCGACCUGAGUAUCAACUGGCGCAUCGACCUGUGGUUUGGCGUGCGCCUACGCAGAAAUGGGCUGCGCAGAAUACAAUUUAAGGAGACUCCAGUCGCGUUGUCGACGAUGUUGAGGGCCGAACAUGCAGACGAGCGUCAAACCGUGGCCGAGGUGAUGUUUUACGCCGAAGCUGUCGGCGGCGGCCUCCAGUACACGAAACUGAGAGCAAAACGUGUAUCCAGUACUCAUACGCACGUCCUGCUAUCAUUCAGGAACAUUUCGUGCCUCAACCCGAGGCUGAAGCGGCUGCGCAUCACGCUAUUAGCGAAAGUGGAAGAAUGGGCGCCGGCGGUCACGUCUUCGCAGUGGCUCGCUUUCCUUCGAAAGCAUUUGGGCGAGACUUUGAACGUUCAUGCGUACACAGAAAUUCUGAUCGACAGCCUUGAACACUUUACAGUGAUUGGAGGCCUGUUGAACAAGUUCGGAGCAAAUGAGCUGCUCAAUGUGAUCGGGUGGUGGAUGGUGCGUCUCUUCGCCGAUCUCGGUGCGCUAGCGGUGGACAACGACGACCACGCGCAGGCCUUUUCACCCGUUGCUUGCCAGAGACGAGUGGAUGCUUGCUACGGUCCAGCAGUGACGGCUGAGAUGGUACAACAGUACUGGACGCCAGAACACGCAAAGGCCGUGAAUGACAUCUUCACCGCCGUCCAACACGAGGCUUUCAUUUUGGUUCAACGGCUGUCGUGGAUGGGCGCAGUAAGCAAGAAGCAGGUCAUUCGCAAGCUGCAUGCACUAAAGCUGAACUUCUGGCCCCAUUCGUCGGACGAGCUGUUGAUGGAAGGGGCGUACAGUGGAUUCCCUGAGCGUGAACCGCUCUACAUCGAGCACUGGCUGAAGGCGAAAGAAGCCAUGCGUUCUCUUCUGGGCACCGAGGCCGGUGAGCUCCUCGACCGGAUACCGACCGCCGCCUGGGACGCCCUGAUCGAGUACGACUACUGGGGCAACGCGGUUGCCGUGUCGAUGGCCACGCUGCAGGAGCCCGUCUUCUCGCGCAGCUUCCCGCAGACCAUCAACUAUGCCGGCCUCGGCACGAUGUUCGCGAGUGCGCUUGUCCAGGCCCUUUGA